AUGACGCAAGCAGAUACUGAGAAAAACGGCCCCGAAGGAGGGACAUCGGUGACGUCACACAGGAGCAGCGAGGGAAGACGCGCGUCUUGCAAGCCAAAUGGAGGAGAGGAGUCCGUGACGUCACACCGUGGGUCGUCGUUUUGUGGCCACGCCUAUUUUCCGGGCCAAUCUAGCGAGAGGAAACCUGCUGGUCAUAUUAGACCGUAUUUGCGGUCGCCCUGGAGUUCCACUCGAUGCAACCCUGUUUUGCCUCACAUAGUCGUGCAUCAAGUUCAACAAGAAGCGUGGGACUGGAAGAAGGACCUGAAGGGCCUUCGAAAUCUGGCCUCAGAGAAGACCAAUGGUAGCAUGGGACUCGAAGAAGGGCCUGAGGGACCUUCGAAAUUUGGCCUCAAUGAACACCAAGAGGGGCACUCCUUAUUUCGCAGGUAGCAUGGGACUCGAAGAAGGACCUGAGGGACCUUCGAAAUUUGGCCUCAAUGAACACCAAG